AUGAUAAAUGAAAAUACCGAUGAUAUAGUACGACAACAUGAUUGCCUUUAUUUUGAUCUAAGCGAAGAUCAAUGGUCUCGUGAAAUCAUACCUUAUUGUAUGAGUGAAUCGACAUCGAAAUGGUCUAUUGUAAACACCAAUUUUCAGACAUUCUUAACUUUUGCUGAACUCAGCCGACGAAAUAUUACAAGUGAACAAUUGCAUCAAUGGUCAGCACCGAUAGAUAUCAGUGAACGUUAUCAACUAUAUCUGAAUCACCUUUCAAUUGGAAAUGUAUUAUCAAAGAUGGAAAAAGAAAUAUUUUACAAUUGUACAUCACCAGCAUUUGGUCCACAGUGUCAGUAUCAACUGGAUUUGUAUGAUCCUAAUUCAACAUUAAAUGAAUUUAUUCGUAUUCACUAUCGUCAGCACGCUUAUGCACCAGAACCAUUAACUUGUUAUACUCAUUUACAAUGUAAUCGUGGUUCAACACCAAUAUGUCUCGAUUGGAGCGAAAUAUGUGAUGGAAAAGUCGAUUGUACUAAUGGAGUUGAUGAAAAAGAUUGUUGGCCACUUAUAAGUAAUAAAUGCAAAGAUGAUGAAUAUCGAUGUGAUAAUGGUCAAUGUAUACAUUCAAGAUUUGUUAAUAUUGGUGUCAGUUUCGAAUGUCUUGAUCGAUCUGAUCAAUAUGCCUCUUUAUCACCGAAUUCAUUUAAUAAUGAAUAUCGUGCACCAGCAUUCACAAACGAAGAUAUCAUCUGUUCAUGGCGUGAACGUUCUAUGAACAAAUUUAUCCAUCCUUUUACAAGUUCAUGUAGAUCUCAACGUAAUGAAAGAAUCAAACAAGCAAUGUUUUUCGAUGUAUUCGAUCCAACCAUAAGUCAGGAUUGUCUUUUGGCAUUCAAAUGUCAUUCUAAAAUUCCAACAGAUAACAAUCCAGUAUGCUGGAAUUUCUGUCAAAAUGAAAAAUGUAUCGAAAUNAAAGUUUUCCACUAA